GAACCAGGGGUAAGAAAGGGAGCCGCGCCGAGAGAGAAAACGGGAAUAAGGAACAGCUCACGGUCUGGACGGACAUUGUUGCAGCGGGACGGGGAUUUCAGAAACGGACCCGCACGGAGUUCCUGGAAUGCUUUUUUUUUUUUUUUUUUUACGGUCCGCCUUGUCGGCGAUGCGAUCGGUCGCACACUUUUAAUGACCGCGCAGGUCACCGGGACUGAAGAAAAAUAGGUCCCUGUAAGUAAAACUAAACGAAGAGGACAACCGAAAAUUGUAAACGUGUGGGUAGCGCCCCCCCCUUUUUUUUUUUACUAGGCCAUAGGUUAUAACGUCGGUCCUGCCGUGCACGGGCGGCUCAUAGUUAGUCUGUGGUGGGUUUUUUCUUCUUGACGUUCGUGUAGGCUGCAGUUUGAAAACAGGCCGAACAGUCUUCCAAAGCUGGAGAUGAUUCGCGAAUCUAACAAGCUGUCGUGGUCGUUGUUGCCAUUUUAUUGCUCCUAGCAAGCUCACUCCCCUCCUUUUUUUCUUCUUUUCUUUAUUCGUUUGCAUAGUUGACCGUGUCAAAGGCAGCCCCCCCCCAGCUUUCGUCUGUCGAGUCGUCCGUCUUGUGAGCCCUCGUUCCUUGCCCCUAGCUUACGGUCUAGGAAGAAGACAUGCGCUCCCCACUUUGAAUGUUUGGAUAGUAAAGCUAUCAUCAUCACGCAAAAUCACCCCACAAAUCACCGUCGUGGACGCCCGAAGAGGGAAAACUGGAUUUCUUUUUUUCUGAAAAAGCCAGCAUCGUUGAAAGUGUAGCGCCUUAUUUCGGGACAAAUAAAUGGUAAGGCUGCACUUUUCCUCGUUUCUUUUGUUUCCCAGCUUGGGAUAUGCUCCGGGGCCAGUAUGCCCAGCGGGCCUGAUAGGCUACACCGGUCUCAGUUUGCGCGAUCGGUGGGUUUUGUGUUCUUUUCCGGCAACUUCAGAAGCUCUCUGUGUUUGAGGACGAGCGCGAUCAGGUGCCAAAGGCUAUCUCCUUUUUGGGGUGAGGGAGGGGGGAGGGGGGAGCCUUCUCUCUCUUCUUCGUCAUCCCGCAGGCAUACGUCGAGGCAACUGUCAAGUUUUACUGCCCCGGUCCGGUCUUUGUGAAAGGUAUGGAGGAGCAGGCCCGGGUGAUGUCGGGUCUCGUCGGACUGGCCGCGCUGUCCCAGGGGGAUCUGGGGGUCCCCGACGCCGUGCGUAAGCAACACAGCCUCGGACAACCGCAGCAGGACAUCGGCGACAUCCUCCAGCAGAUCAUGGCCAUCACGGACGAGAGUCUGGACGAGGCCCAGGCCAGAAAACAUGCGUUGAACUGCCACAGAAUGAAACCUGCACUCUUCAGUGUCCUGUGCGAGAUCAAAGAAAAGACAGUGCUCAGUAUCCGUGGCAUCCAGGAGGAAGACCCUCCAGACCCACAGAUCAUGCGGCUGGAUAACAUGCUGUUAGCAGAAGGUGUGUCAGGUCCAGAGAAGGGCGGAGCUUCUGCUGCGGCCGCGGCAGUUGCCGCAGCGGCAGGAGGUUCGCCGAGCGAUGGGAGCAUUGAACACUCAGACUACAGAGCCAAACUGGCCCAGAUUCGACAGAUUUAUCAUAGUGAACUGGAGAAAUAUGAACAGGCAUGCAGUGAGUUCACCAAUCACGUGAUGAACCUUUUAAGGGAACAGUCCCGUACGCGACCCAUCUCACCAAAAGAGAUUGAGCGUAUGGUGAGCAUCAUCCACCGGAAGUUCAGCUCCAUCCAGAUGCAGCUCAAACAGAGCACUUGUGAAGCUGUCAUGAUCCUACGCUCCAGAUUCCUGGAUGCCAGGCGGAAGCGUCGAAACUUUAACAAACAGGCGACAGAGGUGCUGAAUGAAUAUUUCUACUCCCACUUGGCCAACCCCUACCCCAGCGAGGAGGCUAAAGAGGAGCUGGCCAAGAAAUGUGCCAUUACUGUCUCUCAGGUGUCCAACUGGUUUGGUAAUAAGAGGAUUAGAUAUAAGAAGAACAUUGGAAAGUUCCAGGAGGAGGCAAACCUGUAUGCUGUGAAGACAGCCGUGGAUGCAGCCAGUGUAUCCUCACAGGCCAGCCAGGCAAACUCCCCGGCCACCCCGAACUCAGGCGGAUAUCCAGCCUCGUGUUACACUCCUGACGGGAGGUUAUGAGGACCUGCCUGGAGGGACACUCUUCCCCACACACUGUCUUCACGUAGGUUGAUGACAGCUGGCAGGACAAUGCUGACCCCCCCUCCCUCAUUCCCCCACCAGGCAACAGCGUGCACUCUGACACUUCAAACUGACACUGUUUCUAUUUUCUCCUUUUCACCCUGCUCCCUUUACGACCCCUCAACUCAAUAUAAAAGCCUGAGGAGUCCAGUAGUCUUACCUCAAAAUGAGCCCAAAAUGGCCUCUCUCCAAAACUCAACCCUCCUUUUUUCAUGCCUGACUCACAAUACCCCCCUCCCCCAACCGCAACAGCAGUCCCUCUCCAAAAGUCUUCUUUUCUUAACUUUUUUCCCCCCUUUGUUUUUAUAACCACUCACCAUGUUUAUUUCGUCUAUUUUUUUUAAGAAACAAGAUCUAGUUACUGAUAUAGAGAGGCUUUUUCUAAUACUGUUUUAACAAUGGAGCCCCUGCCUGUACACGGCUCAGAGCCAGAUGUGAAUUCAUCAUGUUACUUCAAAGAAUUGGAAAAAAAGGGUUGAAGAGAAAAUAAGUAAAAAAAAAAAAAAAAAACAAUUAUGUUACUUCUCUAGAAUGCAUGUAGUCCUUUUUAGAUGUUUAGCAAUUAUUGUACUUUUCUUUUUUCUUGUACUUUUUUAAAAUGUUGCUACAGAGGAAAAAAAUGUAUAGGUUCAACAAAACUUGUAAAUGGCAGAAAAUAACCAAAAAUGAAUAAACAUUGUAUGUCACUUAUUACAA